UGAAAGCGUAAGCGUGUAAAUCGGCGUACUGAAGUGUUUUCAUAUUCAUGAACUGAAAUCUGGAGGUGGGUAUUGGGAAAAUUUUCGAAGGGUUAGCCUUUGAGCUGAGCUUUCCAAAGAGUUUUCUUCCAGAUCACCAAAGAAGUCUCUCGAGGUAAAGUUAAAGGGAAGAGGGUUAGGGGUGGGAGCAACCCGGACAGCUGUCAUCCCUUUUAUGACAUUCCCUCUGUGACCUCCUCCUGCUGCCGACAGAAUUAGGUGUGCCCUCCUCUGGGGCACACGGCUGUGUUCUGGCUUUGCAGUGUUACAGGUGUUCACGGUGAAGCUGGAUGUUCCCUAGAGAAUGGCAGCUGCUCACAGAACCCUCACAGGACAGCAUUGCCUAGGUUCCCUUGUCCUCUGGCGAGGAUUCUCCAAGACGUCUCACCACAUGGGCCGGCUCAGAAACGCCAGGAUCCACGUGGAGAGAGCUGUCAAGCAGAAGAAGAUCUUUAUGAUCCAAGGCCGCUACCCAGUGAUACGGUGCCUCUUGCGCCGGAGAGGCUGGGUGGAGAAGAAGAUGGUCCAUCACUCGGGCACCACCCUGCCGCCACCCCAGAAGGAUCUGGAUAGCUCAGUAAUGGGUGACAGUGACACCACUGAGGAUGAGGAUGAAGACAAACACGAGGCGUUUCGACCACCACAGCUGUUUGACUUUGCUGAUUUAAUGGAAUUUGAUGACCUAGAUGGGACACAUGCUCUGAUGUCCCGCAUGGUUCGGAAUGAGAUCCCCUAUUUCAUCUGGACCACUCGGCGGGAUGUGCUGGACUGUCGCUUCCUCUCCAAGGAUCAGAUGAUAAACCACUAUGCCCGGGCUGGCUCUUUUACCACUAAGGUGGGCCUGUGUCUCAAUCUCCGGAAUUUGCCGUGGUUUGAUGAGGCUGAUGCUGACUCCUUCUUUCCGCGCUGCUACCGCCUGGGGGCUGAGGACGACAAAAAGGCCUUCAUAGAGGACUUCUGGCUGACAGCUGCCCGCAACGUUCUCAAGCUGGUGGUGAAGUCUGAAUGGAAGUCGCUCUCUGUCCAGACAGAAGAGGAAGAGGCCCCAGGAGACAAGCAGCCCAAGGAGCAGGAGAAAAAGCCAGCGACGGUGACCCCAGAGUUUGUGGAUGAGGCUUUGUGUGCCUGUGAGGAGCAUCUUAGCACCCUGGCUCACAUGGACAUCGACAAGGGCCUGGAGGCGCCCCUGUACCUCAGCCCUGAGGGCUGGUCCCUCUUCCUCCGGCGCUACUACCAAGUGGUCCACGAGGGGGCAGAACUCAGGCACCUCGACACCCAGACGCAGCGCUGUGAGGACAUCCUGCAGCAGCUGCGGGCCGUGGUGCCACAGAUGGACAUGGAAGGAGAUCGCAACGUCUGGAUCGUGAAGCCGGGAGCCAAGUCCCGAGGACGAGGCAUCAUGUGUAUGGACCACCUGGAGGAGAUGCUGAAGCUGGUAGACGGCAACCCCACGAUGAUGAAGGACGGCAAGUGGGUGGUACAGAAGUAUAUUGAGCGGCCCCUGCUCAUCUUUGGCACCAAGUUUGACCUGAGACAGUGGUUCCUGGUGACUGACUGGAACCCACUGACCGUGUGGUUCUACCGUGACAGCUACAUCCGCUUCUCCACGCAGCCCUUCUCCUUGACGAACCUGGACAACUCAGUGCACCUGUGCAACAACUCCAUCCAGAAGCACCUGGAGAAUUCAUGCCAUCGGCACCCGCUGCUGCCCUCGGACAACAUGUGGUCAAGCCAGAAGUUCCAGGCCCACCUGCGGGAGAUGGGGGCCCCAAACGCCUGGUCCACUGUCAUCGUGCCUGGCAUGAAGGCCGCUGUGAUCCAUGCCUUGCAGACCUCCCAGGACACCGUGCAGUGCCGGAAGGCCAGCUUCGAGCUCUACGGUGCUGACUUCGUGUUUGGUGAGGACUUCCAGCCCUGGCUGAUUGAGAUCAAUGCCAGCCCCACCAUGGCCCCCUCCACGGCUGUCACCGCCCGGCUCUGCGCAGGCGUGCAAGCUGACACCCUGCGAGUGGUUAUCGACCGGCGGCUAGACCGCAACAGUGACACAGGAGCCUUCGAGCUCAUCUACAAGCAGCCCGCCGUGGAGGUACCCCAGUAUGUGGGUAUCCGGCUCCUGGUAGAAGGCUCCACCAUCAAGAAGCCCCUGGCAAUGUGUCAUCGGCGGAUGGGGGUCCGCCCGGCCCUCCCUCAGCUGCUGACCCAGCGAGGCUCUGGGGAAGGCAAGGACUCAGGGACCGUUACCCACAGGUCAGCUCCUAGGAAGGCUGCUGGGGCCAGGAGCCUGGGGCACACUGAGAAGCCAGUCUCCACUGCCACCACCUCAGCCCCUGGAAAGGGGAAGAAAGGCAAGGCGAAAUGUGCCACAGCCCUGGCCCACCCCAGUCUCCGGAAGUGGGAACCCCCCAACACCAGGAUGGGCUGCAUUUUCACCAUGACCUUUGCUAGUGGGGACAGGCAGCCCCACCCGUUGAACAGAUUGCCAUUGAGUCUGAAGAACCCCCAGGCCCUGGCCCCUUACCACUUCCCGAGCCUCUACCCGAAGGCCUGGCUGCCUCCUCCCCAUCCGCUCCGAUGCCAGGGCCCGGUCCUCAGACUGCAGCACAGCAAGUUGGUGGGCUCUAAGGCCCUGUCAACCACAGGCAAGGCCUUGAUGACUCUCCCUACCGCCAAGGUUUUGAUUUCCUUCCCAUCUAACCCUGAGCUCAAGUUGGCAUCCAACGCCCUGAAACCAAGAAAGUGUAUUCGUGGUCCCUGUCCUGGAAGUGCCUUGUGGCCUCUACCCUUCGAGGUUGGAAAUCUUCCUAGCACCCACAGAAAGAUCAAGGCCAAAGGCAAGUUCAAGGCCAGACUCUGUGACAAACCCAAGGCUGAGGCAUGCCUCCUGAAGACACUGAGCCUUCCAGGCCCCCUGCCCUUUAUCAGUGCAUACCAGGGUCUAGGGGGCAUGCGGGACAUGAGGCUUCAGAAGCCCUUGCUUCGAUCCUCACUGCCCCUAUCCCGGAUGCAGUGCCAAAUAAAAAGGAGCAAGUGAAGUAUCCUGGGCUUGGCUCCAUUCCUAUUGGAGGGUGAAGAGAGGGUAGGCGGAGGCCCUGCACCCCAAGGUCCAGAAUGAGAGCUGCAGGCCAUCAGCGGCCUUCCACAAAGCAAGGGCCGGAAUUCUCCCACUCACGACAGACAUGGGGCUUCCUAUUCAGGGACUCCCUGGCAUCCCUGACCUUUGGAUGGGGGCGAUUAGCCUCACUUUAUAGAUGAGCAGUCAGAGUCUGAAUGAGAAGCCAUGGCUUGCCCAAGAUCAUGUGGCAGUGAGAAAGCUAGGACACACUGCCGGACUGCUCACCACUGGGAGGUCCCCAAGCGCCGAGCCCAGGGGAGAAGCUGGCGGGCAGGAGAGUGACACCUAAGGGCGUGCGAUUUACAGCAUGAGAUGAAGGAAGCAGGAACCUUGCCCUAACCCAGCCCCUCUCCAGAGGGAGUGGGUCCGCCCCUUCCUCAGCAGGGGGCUGUGGUUGCCUACAAAGGUAAUGUCAAACAAACCAUCUGAGAAACUUUGGUAUUUCUUAGUUGUAGUGGGUUGAGUGGCAGUCCCCGCUACACCCAAAGAUACAUCUGCCUGGAAACUGAAUAACUUCAUUUGGACAAAGAGUCUUUGUAGAUGUGCUUAAGUUAAAGGUCUUGAGGUGAAAGUACUCUGGAUUAUGCAGGUGGGCGGGCCCUAAAUCCAAUGACAGGUGUCUUUAUGUGAGUCAGAAGACACAGACACGAGAAGGCCAUGGGAAGAUGGAGGCAGGCUGCUGUGAGAACAGCCAUAAGUCAAGGCUUGGAACCACCCGAAGCUGAAAGAGGAAAGGGAGGGUUCACCCCGAGAGGCCUCAGAGAGCACGGCCCUGUUGACAACUUGACUUCAGACUGGCCUCCAAGCACAUCUGUGACAAAAUGAUUUCUGUUGUUUUAAGCCACUCGGGUGUGGUAGUUUGGGACAGCAGCCCUAGGGAACUAACGAUACUAGUCAAGUGGACAUACAUGUAUUCUGAUGCAGCACCUCUUGCAAAACCGAACCAGGAAGUGCACACAGGUGGGUUCACACCACUGUUGUGCUGACAGCUAAAUGCCCUAACUGUCCACUAACAGAAUGGAUAGACUGGUGUGGUCAUGCACUGGAAUUCAAGCCCAGGCCGUACAUCACAGAUGCCUUCCGCGGCGUGGAACAAGAUCACAAAAGGACAUACACGGCAUGACUCUGCUUCUGGAAAGACCAAAAUCGGGCAAAACAAAGUAUAUUGUCGAGGGGGGAUGCAUGUGUAAGUGGGAAACCCUAACAAGACAAGCAAGGGAAGCUCCCAUGUCAGUAGGGAUUUCCAACCUAGAAUGAAUAAUAGAACCCCUUGGGGGAGCUUAAAAGAUGGAUACCAGGGUCUCCGGCCCAGACUGCUUAAAUUGGUAUCUUUGGGGUGCAGAAUCACGGGGAAGGUGUGGGGCUUUUUUUUUUUUAAGCUUCCUGAGAGGGAGGUGGAGGGGGUUCUACUGUGAGACCAGGGUUGAGAACUGGUACCCUAAAGAGGAGGGAGAGGCAUGUUUCUGUUUCAUGCCCUGAGCGGUGGUUAAAUGGGCGUCACUUUGUAAUUCUUUAAAUCGCAGAGAUGUUUAUGUA